AUGGAUUUGACGUCGUUAAAAAAUGAAAUGACAAAAAAUAUAAAAAAUGAUGUAUUUAAAAAUAUGAGUAUUAAUAAUAAUAAAGUGAAAUAUGAACCUUUUGGAAAACCACCACCAGGAUAUAUUCCGGGUAAAGGUAGAGGAGUAACAGGAUUUUCAGGAGGUGUGAGUAGAGAUGAUACAACGGAUGAUAAAGAUAAGAAUGAUUAUUCAGAUUUUAAUUAUGAUGAAUUUCAUGGAUAUUCUGAAUCCUUAUUUAAAGAUACAGAAUAUGAUGAAGAAGAUAAAGAAGCCGAUGAAAUAUAUGAUAAGAUUGAUUCUCUUAUGGAUAUUCGAAGAAAAAGUAGAAGAGAAAAUAAACUGAAAGAAGAAAUAUCAAAAAUGAGAGCCACAAAACCUACCAUAACACAACAAUUUGGUGAUUUAAAAAAAAAUCUUGCUAAUGUUACAAUAGAAGAAUGGGAAUCCAUUCCAACCGUUUUACAAUAUUCAUCUAAACAAAAACAAAAAAAAGUUCAAAAAAAUUAUUUACCUGCUCCGGAUUCUUUAAUUAUGAGUAGAAUUAAUGAAUCGAAUAUACAUCUUAAUUUUAAUAAUUCUGCAUCAAGUCAAAGUGGCCAUAAGACACCUAUUGGCUUAGGUUAUCAAUCCUCAUUAGGUGUACAAACUCCAUUAGGUUUAAGAACUCCUUAUGGUUUACAAAAUUCGUUGAGUGGUUUAAAAACACCAUUAAGUGGUUUACAAAACUCGUUGAGUGGUUUGAAAACACCAUUAAGUGGUUUACAAAAUUCGUUGAGUGGUUUGAAAACACCAUUAAGUGGUUUACAAAAUUCGUUGAGUGGUUUGAAAACACCAUUAAGUGGUUUACAAACACCAUAUAUGAGAAAUCCAUCCUCAUUAUUUGGUAUGGAUACACCAUUAAUAAAUAAUAAUAUUAAAUCAAAUAUGUCUAUUAGCGGUUUGAAUACUCCAUUUACCUUAUCAGGAUAUAAUACACCGCUGAGCGCAUCAAAUGUUAGUGGUUAUAAUACUCCCUUGUUUAAUAAUACACACAAAUUAUCCUUAAACGAUUUAGGGGAAGCAAGGGGGACUGUGUUAUCAGUAAAAUUAGAUGAGCUUAUAGACAAUGUCGAAGGACAAACUGUUAUUGACCCUAAGGGAUAUUUAACUAAUUUGAAUGCGAGUAGUUUAAUUAAUGAUGCUGAUAUAGCUGACAUAAAUAAAGCUAGAUCAUUAUUAAAAUCUGUUAUAAGUACGAACCCAAAACAUGGUCCAGGUUGGAUAGCUGCUGCAAGAAUUGAAGAAUUAGCUCAAAGAAAAGAUAAAGCUAAAGAAAUAAUUAUGAAGGGUUGUGUGGUAUGUUCAAAAAAUGAAGAUAUAUGGUUAGAAGCUGUUAGGCUAGAAGAAAAAUUAAGUGAAGUUAAAAUUAUUCUAGCAAAAGCAAUUAAACAUAUACCCACAUCUGUUAAGUUAUGGUUAGAAGCAUAUAAAAAAGAAAAAAAUGUAGAUGAUAAAAGAAAAGUAUUGAGAAAAGCCAUAGAGUGUAUACCAAACUCAGUGAAAUUAUGGAAAGAAGCUAUCUCUUUAGAAAAUGAAAAUAAUGCAUAUAUAUUAUUAAAAAGAGCAGUUGAAUGUAUACCUCAAUCUAUUGAAAUGUGGAUAGCCUUAGCUCGAUUAUGUACCUAUACAGAAGCACAAAAAGUUUUGAAUGAAGCAAGAAAAAAAAUACCAACCAGUGCAGAAAUAUGGAUUAAUGCAUCACAAUUGGAAGAAAAACAAGGAAAUAUAAAAAUGGUAGAUAUUAUUAUUAAAAGAUGUAUAGAAAAUUUAUCUUCCAAAAAUGUAAUCUUUGAUAGGGACAAGUGGAUAAAAUUUGCGGAAGAAUGUGAACAAUCAAAAUUUACACAUACAUGUGAAAGUAUUAUAAGAAAUACUAUGCAUAUAGGUGUAGAAACAUUAAAUAAAAAAAGAAUAUAUAAACAAGAUGCUCAAAAUUGUAUUCAUAAUAAAUCUAUACAUACGGCAAGAACUCUAUAUAAUGAAGCAUUAAAAAUAUUUAAAACCAAAAAAUCCUUAUGGCUAGCAUUAGCAAAUUUAGAACUUACUCAUGGAAAAAGAGAAGAUGUUGAUGAGGUUUUACACAGAGCUGUACAGAGUUGUCCCCAUUCGAGUGUUCUAUGGCUAAUGUUAGCUAAACAAAAAUGGCUAAAUAAUGAAAUUGAUAAAGCACGGGAAAUUUUAGCUGAGUCCUUUAUACAUAAUCAAAAUACUGAAGAGAUAUCUCUAGCGGCCAUUAAAUUAGAAAGAGAAAAUAAUGAAUUUGAUAGAGCUCGAUUUUUAUUGAAAAAAUCAAGGGUACAAUGUAAUACACCCAAAAUAUGGAUGCAGUCUGUUCAACUCGAGAGGUUAUUAAGAAAUUAUAAAGAAGCCAAAAUGUUGGCUCAUGAAGCUUUAAAAAUACACAAACACUUUGAUAAAUUGUAUAUGAUAGCUGGUCAGAUAGAAUUAGAAAUGUAUAAAUAUUCAAAUGAUACUAAUAUAAAUAUAAAUAUAACAAGUCAUAAAACAUAUAUCAAAAAUGGUUGUGAUGAUACUAAAUCGGAUGAUAGUAAAGAUAAGAAUAUUAAUACAAAACGUACAACAUCCCCAAAGCAUUAUACUACCACUAAUAAUAAUGAUGAUGAUGCUAAUAAUGAUAGCAGCUGUACCUCUAAUAAUUUUCAUAAUAAACAAAAUGGAGAUAAUAAAAAUAUAAAUGUUAAUAAUAAAAAGGAAGAAUUUAUUAAUAUUACUAAUGAUCCAUAUAAAAACGCUCAAAAUAUAUAUGAAGAAGGUUUAAAAUAUUGUGCGUCAUCAAUUAAUUUAUGGAUAUGUGCUAUCGAUUUACAAAUAGAAAAAAAGAAUUAUACAGGUGCUAGAGCUUUGACGGAGAAAGCAAAAAUCAAAAUCAAGUAUUUAAAUUCUUUUAAUAAUAAUAGUCAUAUUUUAAAAAGUAAAGAAAUUAUUGAAACGAAUGAACAAAAUUAUGAUACACAGGAUGAUGAAUAUAAUAACUUAAAUAAAAAUAUGGACGGCUCCAAGAGUGUUAAUAAUACUACAGCUAGUAAUAUUUCCAAAUCCAAAAAUGAACUUGAAAAAAAGUCAUCAGUUAAUAAUAAUGCUUAUAUUAAAAUUAUCGAAAAUUAUGAUUUAUUAUGGUUAAAAUUAAUAGAAAUUGAAUUAUGUUGUAAUAAUAAAAAUUUAAAUCCUAUAAUUUCGGAAGCAUUGAAAGAAUGUCCGUCCUCUGGUAUUUUAUGGUCAAAAGCUAUAGAACUAGAAAAUAAAAAUUUACAAAACAGUAAAUCGGUUAGUGCAUUUAAUCACUGUGGUAAUAAUGCGUAUGUUAUAUUAACAGUGGCAAAAUUAUUCUGGGUCAAUUUUAAAAUACAAAAAGCUAGGAAAUGGUUCUAUAGAGUAAUUAACCUAAAUCCGCAUUUUGGAGAUGGAUGGGCAACAUUUCUAGCUUUCGAAAUUGAUCAACAAAAUGAAAUAAAUCAAAAAGAUAUAAUAAACAAAUGUAUAAAAGCUGAACCAAACAGAGGCUAUUUGUGGAACAAAAUUACAAAGAGAGUAGAAAACUGGAGGCUAAAAUAUCCACAAAAAUUAUAUAAAUAUAUUAAGGAUAUAUAUCCCCAUGUUUUAAAUAAAAAAAUUUCAGACCCAAUUUGGAAUAUUAUUACGGACGAAAAUGCAGAUACUAGUUUUUUGUUAACAAAUCAAGAGAACGAUAAAGAAAAAAAAGAUCAAGGUAAUGAAUCUGUUGACGAUGAAAAAGAUUAUGAAAAAGAAACAAAUAAUAACGUUGAGGAAGAUCCAGAGAAAGAUUCAAAGGAACAAGGUAAAAGGAAAUCAAAAGAGAAAAUUCUUAAUGAAAAAGAUACAACGAAAAACAAGAGAAAAGAUAUAAGCACUAAUGAAGAUGAAAAAGAUAGAAAAAAAAAGAAAAAAUAA